AGUGUCAAACGAUUGUCAAAUUUAUAUAAAAAUUAUGAGCGCUAAAAUAAAAUAGUAAAAUUUACAAAGUUUUUUCAUUUAUAUUUUUAAAGUGCUCAAGCCCUAAAACAUAUAAAUUUUACAAUUGAUCAUGGAGCAAUUAGAAGAAAUAAACGACGAAAAUGACUGCGAUUUGGACAGUUCGAAAGGAUAUUACACCAGAGCUAAACGAAGGAAAAUGUCAGAAGAUUGCCAAUAUAACGAGGACAAUUCAACUCAUGGCUUGUAUAGGAUUCCCGAAGUGGGCAAAAGGAAAAAUCCAAUCAUGUUCGUUCCCACCGAAGUGUUGCUAAAUGUUUUCAAAUUCAUACCCUACCAUGAAUUGAGUUCAGUGGUUCGGUUAGUCAACAAAAGGUUUAAAGCAGUCGCCGAAGAUAUGCUUAAUUUAGGCUUUAGGCGGACGCAAAAGCAGCUCGAUAAUCUGAUUACUACCACCGACAUUUCUUUAGGGUACACCCCAGAUGACAUGGAAGUCAAAGCAAUUUCAAAGUUGAUGUGCCAAUUAGAAAUUAUUAAUCUACAAAACAGCAUUAUCACGUCCACCAUAUGGAGGUACAUGUCGAAUAAAUUCUAUAAGACUUGCCAAACAUGCAUGUAUGGGGGCAAGUUAAUAGAUGUUCAAGAAUUGUUUAUCCGGAAAUUUUUGCAUGUUCCAAAUGAGUUGUUUGCCCCAGCUGUUGUAAAAGAUUACGCUCUGCCCCCUGAAGUAACCACAAUUAUUCAACUGACUAAAGAUUUUUGUAUUCAUUUCGAUAAAUGUAAUGAAGAAGCCAUUCCCAAUUCGUGCACUUUGAGUGGGUGCAAAAUGCUAGAUAUUCUGGAUUGUGCUAGAUUUGCGCAAAAAAGGGUUCAUUUUGAAAGACGAACAACGGACUCGUUUCUCGCAAAGUACAGCUACUAUUUCAAAAAUUCUUGGUUCAUUGCGAUUCCGAUUCCAACGCGUAAAGAGAUGGAGGAGCCCCAACAGCAGCGCAUGAUGCACAUGAGGCUGAGGAGAAUUGUUUUAGCUCACAACGACAUGUACCUUCAGCAAGAACAGUAUGAAAGAGAACUGAUACUAAGACCGAAUGCAUCAUUGACCAUUAAGAAACCCGGAAACAACGUAUACACAGGAUAUGGCGAUGUAGAGGACACAUUCUUUUACUAUGGAGUCAUGAAUGAUGGUGCCUAUCUGAACAAAUUUCAUUCAGAUGAAGGCAGAAACGAACUAGAUGAAGAAGUCGAUGAGCUGCCCAUCGAAGCGGAUCUUGACGUGGUGCGUUUGAACUCAGAUGAAGAUGUUUUAUAUCGACUACCUUAUUUAGGGUUGAAGAUUGAUGUAUCGGUACGAUGUCCUUUGUCGUAUGCGCCACUAAAGUUUUUACAGUCGUUGUCGUAUGAGGAUCAGGAUCAAUUGCAAAAGAAAAGUUGCGUUAAAGGUGAAACUCAAAUACACAUGGGUUUUGAGUGUUUUGGAGCUCAGUAUGCCAGACUAUCCCCCAGGUUCAACUACGAAGUAAUCCAGAGGCACAGUUUAUAAACUCGCUUUUUUACAGAUUUUUAUAUUGUCCCGUUUUCUAUUUAUUUUGCACGAGCUAUUACGUUUUGAAACAUGUUUCACUCAUUUGUGUUCCAUCUGUGAUAUUUAAUUUUUACAUAAAUUUUGUCGCAUUUUAUCAAUUAGAUCAAUAAAUUGCCUUUCAUAUUUAA